AUGGAGCUUCCCAGUUACAGCAAGCAGCUGCUGCAGCGGCUGUACGCCCUCUGCAAAGAGCAGCAGUUCUGCGAUUGCACCAUCUUCAUUGGGAAUGUGCAUUUUAGAGCACACAAGGUGGUUUUGGCAGCUGCCAGCCUGCUUUUUAAAUCCUUGUUGGACAGCACAGACACCAUCUCCAUCGAUGCUUCUGUGGUGACCCCUGAGGAGUUUGCGCUCUUGCUGGAGAUGAUGUACAGUGGCAAACUCCCGCUAGGGAAGCACAAUUUCACCAAAGUAAUCUCCGUGGCAGAUAGUCUGCAGAUGUCUGAUGUGGCUGUUAGUUGCAAAAACUUCCUCAGGGACCUCAUCAGCUGUUCAACUCAGGACCAGGUAGUGAGAGAAGUCUCCAGUCAGGCAGCAGACUCAUCUGGAAACCAUGCUGAAAGUAAUAACCCGCCCCAGUCUGAAAAACCUGCUGAAGGAAGAACAGAUAUCCUCCUCCUUCAGAGAGUUUCCCCUUCUCCUGGCACUGCAGAAGCAGAAAUGGAAGCAGAUGUAUCUCCUUCUGGCCAGGAACUUGCCGUGAAUCACACCUGGGUUCACCAGGAUGCGAUGCCGCGUGACUCCGGAUCGCUCCGGGGGGAUUCAGGCUCUCGUCCUGAUCAGCCCACCCAUGCCGAGCAGGGUGGCACUGCAGAAGAGGAGCUUGCUGAACCUCCGGAGGAGAGAGGAGGAGCGAGGGAUUUAGCAGCAGAGAGAAAAAGCUGUAAACUGGAUUUCUUUCUUCGAUAUGAAAGUGUUUUCUCUGAGGCCCUUUCUGAUGCCCGGGCUGUGCUGGAAAGACUAGAACAGUGCAGAGAAAUUGAUGCCUCUCAAAAGGAGGCUCUGGUUGCCCGUCUGGCAGAGGCGGGGGAGCGCUCGCUGUUCACGAAGCUGCUGGACGAGGUGAGGGAUGCUCAGACCCUGGAUGCUCAGACUCUCUUGUCUUUACUGGAGCUGUUUCAAGACGCGAAUCCCAAGCUGAGAGCAGCUUUGCUGGAGAGGGAAGGGAGCAGCAGAGAAGCCCUGCAGCAAACAGAGAGCGCAGACGAGGGAGAGACGCUGACCACUCGCUUGCUGGGAUGCAGGGAGGAGCUGAUCCGGAGCGUGACACAGCUGAGCCCCAUCGUAGAGUUCCUGGAGGCAGCAGAAGAGGGAUUCCUGACUGCCUCGGAGAAGCGGGUAGUCUUGGAUUGCUGUGAAAGCGGCUCUCAGAGGGAAGCUGUGGACAAUCUGCUCAGGAAGGUGGAUGAAGAGAAAACCCUGAAAGCAGAAAGUUUGGUCAAACUUCUGGGGGCUGUGAAAGCAUCAUUCCCUGGUCUCCACCUGCUGCUGGACAACUUGAUAGCAACAGCAAAUGUGUCUGAUGGCAAAGCCAAGUGGAGCCCAGAGGAUUAUGGAGCCAAACUGUUGCGACGAUACCGAGAAAACUUGGUGGAGCUCCUCACAGACACCCAGGUGCUGCUGCAGGGCAUCUCUGCUGCACAGAGCCUGGCUCCUGCUGAGAGAGAGGCGAUGGAGCAGGCUGUGAAGCGUGAGGCUGGCGGUUUCGCCUCCCUCGUGUCGGCGGCCCUGGAGGAGCGGUCUCUGUCGGUCUCUGCUGUUUGGCAGCUGCUGCUGGCUGUGCGGGAGCCUGCACCGCUGAACCUGCUCAUGGAGGAGAUCCGGAAACAACCCGGCGCAGAGUUCUUCUUCCAAGCAGUGGCCACCAGUGAGAGCACAGCCAUUGAGAUCAUCCUGCGGCACAGCAAGCUGAUCUCGGAGGCCAUUCAGCAGAGAGCAGACCUGGAGAGCUUGGCUCCGGGGGAGGCAGGACUCACAGAAGCAGUGAAAGAGCUGCUGAGCAUUUCUGCUCAGAAGGAAAGUUCAGAGGCCUCCUUGAAAGCAGCUCUGAGCACAGCCCAGGAGAAGUCUGUCCCAGCCAUCAAGAUCUGUCAGCUGCUGUGCAGUGUCCACGAGUCCUUCCCAGACCUGCAGCCGGUGAUGCAGGAGCUGGGGCACGUGGGUCUCUUGACUGAGGGAAGCGGGGAGAAACCUGGGAUCAGGAAGUGGAAGGUGAAUAGUGAAUCCCAAGUUGAAGCUCUGGACAAAGAUGACGACAAAGCAGGAGGUGUCAGUGCCAAGGAACGGAAGGAGCCUCAAGAAAAAGCGACAUCCAAGAAAAGUUUUGUCUGCAAAGCCUGCGAGAAGACCUUCCACUUCUACUGCCGCCUGAAGGUGCACAUGAAACGUUGUCGGGUGGCCAGAGGAAAGCAAAUCCAGUGUAAGGAGUGCAGCGAGGUCAAAUCGACGAAGAAGGAGCUGGAGAAGCAUCAGCUUGAGGUCCAUGGGGUUGUGGGGACAGCCAAGAAGAAGAAGAAGAGGCUCCCUGUGGCCUGUGACAUCUGUGGCCGAGAGUUUGCUCAUGCCUCAGGGAUGCAGUACCACAAGCUGACGGAGCACUUUGAUGAGAAGCCCUUCUCCUGCGAGGAGUGCGGGGCCAAGUUUGCGGCCAACUCCACGCUGAAGAACCACCUGCGGCUGCACACGGGGGACCGGCCCUUCAUGUGCAAGCAUUGCCUGAUGACCUUCAUGCAGGCCUCGGCCCUCGCCUACCACACCAAGAAGAAGCACGCUGAGGGGAAGAUGUACGCCUGCCAGUACUGCGACGCCGUGUUUGCCCAGUCCAUUGAGCUGUCACGCCAUGUCCGGACUCACACGGGGGACAAGCCGUACGUCUGCCGGGAGUGUGGGAAAGGCUUUCGCCAGGCCAACGGGCUCUCCAUCCACCUCCGGACCUUCCACAACAUCGAAGAUCCCUACGACUGCAAGAAAUGUCGGCUGAGCUUUGCCACGCUGCAGGAGCACCGCAAGCACGUCCACGAAGCCCACUCCCGGGAGUACCACCCCUGCCCUACCUGCGCCAAAGUCUUCAGCGCCCCGUCGCUGCUGGAGCGCCACGUCGUGACCCACGUCGGGGGAAAGCCCUUCAGCUGCGAGAUCUGUGACAAAGCUUACCAGCAGUUGUCAGGGUUAUGGUAUCACAACCGGACCCACCACCCUGAUGUCUUUGCAGCUCAGAAUCACCGCUCCUCCAAGUUCUCCUCCCUGCAGUGCAGCUCCUGUGACAAAACCUUCUCCAGCACUGCUGCUCACCGAAAGCACGUCAAGGCAGAGCACGCAGAUGUGAAGUUCCACGAGUGUGAGGCGUGCAAGGAGCUCUUCCCCACGCUGGCUCUCCUGCAGGUCCACGUGAAGUGCAGGCACUCAGGCUCCCAGCCGUUUCGCUGCUUGUACUGCUCGGCGUCCUUCCGCUUCCCCGGGGCCCUGCAGAGCCACGUCACCAGCGAGCACUUCAAGCAGACGGAGAGCACCUUCACCUGCGAGCUCUGCGGGGAGCUCUUCCCCUCCCAGGGUGAGCUGGAGGGACACUACAGCGCUGAGCAUCCCAAGGUGGUCCUCUCCCAAGCCACCACGGCCCAGAUUGUGCAGGUGCUUCAGACGUCGGAGCAAGGAGCAGCAGAGCACAUCAUCUCUUUCGACGAGGCCCAACUCGCUGGCUCCCAAGUCUUUGUGACCUUGCCUGAAUCCCAGAUGAGCCAAGCUGGUUCCGAGCUGGUGGCAGUGACCAUGGAGGACUUGUUUGAUGACAAAGUCACUCUGAUUUGUGAAGAAACCAAGGGAGACUGA